AUGUCUUAUGAAUUUUGGGUGGUGCCUCCUAUGUGCUCCACUCUGACUGCGAUGACUGCUGGCAUUACAGAGGAAACAAGCGCUCAUUCCCCUGCUCAUCAAGAGGCAGAACUGCAAUUGGAACGCCAGUCACAGAUCACACAGUUGCUUCCUCAACAGACGCAGCUGUUUGUCUCAACAUUUUCGAGGUCCGUUUACAACCGCAAACCCUCAUCUCUUGAUCAGUGCCUUUCACUAUAA